AUGAAUUACGAAGUCGAACAAGAAAUCGUUGCAUUCUUCGAGAAGACUACAACAACUCGCUCAGCUUGUGACAACUAUGCAAGUGAGCAUCUUGGUGGCAAUAUCACUCCAGUAAACGUGCAAGGCGUCUGUAGCUACACUAUCUAUGCUGGUCCCAACGCCGAAUCAGUCGUGCAGUAUCGUCUGAAGUCGCUAGCCUUGAACAUGGAAAUUAUGGACCUUGUCAACGCUAUUUACGGUACUUUGACACCACAGGUCUCCUUCAAGGGACAAAUUGGGGAAGACCAUGAGAGCAAAGAACCGCUUUACAUAUAUGUUAUGAAUCGAAUGGCAGGUGUAUCUCACCUGGAUUUUAUCCUAGCCCAUAACAGCGAUGUCCUUGAAAACUCGAGCGAGUUUUCUUGCUGGCGCCAGAAUCUUGUAGCUGACAAUGCGAAGUAUAUCCUAUCAUAUAGGUUCUUUGCUCUAUCUUGGAAAGGUCCUCAAGAUAUUGAUCAAACAUACCGCGAGAGCCUAACCCACCAAUACGAACGAGACCUGAACUCGUUACUCACUUCUCUCCCAAUUCGAUUCGAUCCAUUGAUCAAAAAGUCUCUCAACUCGUUACCAGCCAUCUUUUCACUUCCAAUGGUACUACCGCACAAUGAUUUCAGCUCCUUCAACAUGCUAGUAGACGAAAACUCUUGCAAUCUACUCGACGUAAUUGGUUGGGCCGAAUCCGAAAUUGCUCCAUUCGGCAUAAAUAUCUAUGCUCAUGAUCGUUUGAUAAGUAAAAUCCACUUGAAACAUGGUUGGUCCAAGUAUGAUGAUUAUCGUCUUUUGGAUGAACUAUUCUGGAGCACGUUCAGGCAAGAGACUGGAGUGGACGAUGAAACGAUCCAAGUUAUCAAAGCUGCAAGGAUUGCUGGGGUAUUCUUGUGGCUUGGCUUUACGAGUCGUCUUUCGAAUGAGUCGAAGCCAAUACCGAUUUCUGAUGGUGAUGAAAGUGGAGAAUUUAGAAUGCGUGAUUUAUAUGGGCUUUUGAUUAACCCUGCUACGAGGUUCACGGACUUGGUAUGA